CUCUCUCCGUUUUGUUUCGUAGCCUUAUCAUAUUAUUCAUGGGCAUGUGUAAGUAAAUUUCCAACUUUAACUAAUAUUGAUGUAAGAUGUUUGAUCCAAUGUUGUGUUAGUUCAGUUGAAUAUGUUGGAGGAAGGACUUGUGAAUCACCCAGUUGUGGGAUUUGGAGAAUCUGGUCGCAAAGCAAGUGAAAUGAGGAUUCUAUUGGCAAGAAUUGAAGAAUCUGAGUCAUUUGCACCUUCUGUGGGUGAACUUCAACGCAUAGAAUGUUUGAGAUCUUUGAGGGAGAUUGCCAUUGCACUUGCAGAGAGGCCAGCUCGUGGUGAUUUAACUGGUGAAGUAUGUCAUUGGGCAGAUGGGUAUCAUUUGAAUGUCAGAUUAUAUGAGAAACUUCUUUCCAGCAUUUUUGAUGUUCUAGAUGAGGGGAAACUAACUGAGUUUGUGAAAGCAAAAUUGCUAGCUGGUAAUAAUAGAACAACUUGGUUGGGAAUAUUUUACAUGUGCAUACCUACAGGAAUUGCCCUUGGUUAUGUUUAUGGUGGAUGGGUAAAUUUGGCAAGAGAACAGUUUGGUUUUGGGUUUUGGUUAGGAAGUUUGUGCUCAGUAAGUUCGAGCAACAUCUAUGGUGGCCCGAGCAGCAUCUAUUUCAAUAUUGAUUGUGUGAAAGUCAUCUACUAA